AUGUUCAACAAGCUCACCGUCGCCUUGGCUAUGGCUUCGGCCGUCACGGCCGCCCCAGCCCUGCUUCGCCGUCAAGACGACUGCCAGGAUGCCUGGAAGGCCUGCAUCGCCGCCGGAACCCCAGAGGUCGCCUGCUCAUGCACCCUGACCGCUUGCUUGGGCGAGGACAACGCUCGUAACCGCGAGUACUGUGCCACCGCUACUGCCAACCUGCCCAAGCCCACACCUACCGGGAUCCCCGGCGGCUGCAACCCCGCCCACCCCGGAUCUUGCCCAUCGUCCUAUUUCACCUAUCCCACCGUCACCGCAACCGCCCAGCCAACCUUCACUCCCAUCCCCGGCAUUCCCGGUGGUUGCAACCCGGCCCAUCCGGGUUCUUGCCCCUCUUCCUACUUCACCUAUCCCACUCUCUCCGCUACCGCUACCGCCGCUCCCACUCCUGCUCCCACCGAUGGUUCCGGCGACAACAACGCCUCCGGUUACUACGACCCCAAGCCGGUAGAGGGCAAGAAGUGGACCAUCAAGGACCUGACUCGCUACUGCGGCGAGGACAACUCCGGCUGCGACUACAACUUCAAGAUCGAGGCCGAUGGUCAGACUGAGGCCUGCACAGUCAUCCGCAUGCCCGGAGCCAACGCCGCUACUGAGAGCUGGUCCGACCAGCCUUGCACCUCCGGCUCCAAGUUCAAGGUCUCCUGGGGAUACGUCGCCGAGCCCGCUCCCGCUUUUGCCGUCAUCACCGUCGUUGAUGGCAAGGAGCUCGCCUGGUUCGGCGUCUCCAACGUCAACGGCCAGGAGGUCACCAAGGCCCCCUCCAACCCCUUCGGCUCCGGCCAGUUCGGCAACCUCGGCCCUGAGCAGGUCUACACCUAUUAG